GCCUUUGUUUGUCGCUCCCACCAGAGCUUGGGAUCUGUCUCCACUCUUUUACAUUCUUCACCUCGAGAGUCCUUGGUGACUCUGUGACUGCCUCUGUUGCCCUGUGAUCUGCAGGUCGGGAGAGACGCACAGCUAAGAUGCCAGGACAUCCUGAAAGCUGGAAAAGGGUCUUGCCAUCUCUAAGCUGGACCUGGUGACUUUUUUGGAGGGAAAGAAAGAGCCCUGGACUGUGAAGAGUGAGGAGACCAUAGCUGCACAGCCAGGUCUACAGGAUGUAAGCCACAAGCGUAGGACUUGGUCACCAGCUUAAAAUGUUUAAGAUGGACCAGAUGGCUCUCGCCAGUGCAGUACCGCUUAGGUCCAGCAGAGAAGUUCAAUGAUGGUUCACUGUGCCCUCCACCUUCCUGGACUCAUGCAGAGGCCCCGCGUUUGUGGUGCUGUUACCAGCAGGUAUUGGAGAUCCACAGCUAAGAUGCCGGGACCCCCUAGAAGCCUAGAAAUGGGACUGUUGACAUUUAGGGAUGUGGCCAUAGAAUUCUCUCUGGAGGAGUGGCAACACCUGGACAUUGCACAGCAGAAUUUAUAUAGAAAUGUGAUGUUAGAGAACUACAGAAACCUGGCCUUCCUGGGUAUUGCUGUCUCUAAGCCAGACCUGAUCACCUGUCUGGAGCAAGGAAAAGAGCCCUGGAAUAUGAUACGACAUGAGAUGGCGGAUGAGUCCCCAGGUAUAUGUCCUCAUUUUGCUCAAGACCUUUGGCCAGAGCAGGGCAUGGAUGAUUCUUUUCAAAAAGUAAUACUGAGAAGACAUGAAAAAUAUGGACCUGAGAAUUUACAGUUAAGAAAAGGCUAUAAAAGUGUGGAUGAGUGUAAGGUGAACAAAGAAGGUUAUAAUGCAUAUAACCAGUGUUUCACAACUGCUCAGAGCAAAGUAUUUCAAAGUGAUAAAUAUUUGAAAGUCUUAUUUAAAUUUUUAAAUUCAAACAGACAUAAGAUAAGACAUACUGAAAAGAAAUCUUCCAAAGGUAAAAAAUGUGUCAAACCAUUUUACAUGCUUUCACAUAAAACCCAACACAAAAGCAUUUAUCAGAGAGAGAUGUCCUACAAAUGUAAAGAAUGUGGAAAAACCUUUAAUUGGUCCUCAGCCCUUAAUAAUCAUAGGAAAAUUUAUACUGAAGAGAAAUCCUACAAAUGUGCAGAGUAUGGCAAAGCUUCUAAGCAACUGUCAACCCUUACUACACAUGAAAUAAUUCAUGCUGGAGAGAAGCUCUACAAAUGCGAAGAAUGUGGUGAAGCUUUUAAUCGACCCUCAAAUCUUACUACACAUAAGAUAAUUCAUACUGGAGAGAAACUUUACAAGUGUGAAGAAUGUGGCAAAGCAUUUUUCUGGUCCUCAACCCUUACUGAACAUAAGAGAAUUCAUACUAGAAAGAAACCCUACAAGUGUGAAGAAUGUGGCAAAGCAUUUAUAUGGUCCUCAACCCUAACUAGACAUAAGAGGAUGCACACUGGAGAGAAACCUUACAAAUGUGAAGAAUGUGGCAAAGCUUUUAGCCAAUCCUCAACCCUUACUACACAUAAGAUAAUUCACACAGGAGAGAAACGCUACAAAUGUUUAGAAUGUGGCAAAGCUUUUAAGCAACUCUCAACUCUUACUACACAUAAAAUAAUUCAUGUUGGAGAGAAACUCUACAAAUGUGAAGAAUGUGGCAAAGGUUUUAAUCGAUCUUCAAAUCUUACUACACAUAAGAUAAUUCAUACUGGAGAGAAACCUUACAAGUGUGAAGAAUGUGGCAAAGCUUUUAUCUGGUCCUCAACCCUUACUAAACAUAAGAGAAUUCAUACUAGAGAGAAACCCUACAAAUGUGAAGAAUGUGGCAAGACAUUUAUAUGGUCCUCAACCCUAACUAGACAUAAGAGGAUGCACACUGGAGAGAAACCCUACAGAUGUGAAGAAUGUGGCAAAGCUUUUAGCCAAUCCUCAACCCUUACUACGCAUAAGAUAAUUCAUACUGGAGAGAAACCCUACAAAUGUGAAGAAUGUGGCAAAGCCUUUAACUGGUCCUCAACUCUUACUAAACAUAAGAUAAUUCAUACUGAAGAGAAACCCUACCAAUGUGAGAAAUGUGGCAAAGCCUUUAAGCAGUCUUCAAUCCUUACUAACCAUAAGAGAAUUCAUACUGGAGAGAAACCCUACAAAUGUGAAGAAUGUGGCAAAUCUUUUAGCCGGUCUUCAACUUUUACUAAACAUAAGGUAAUUCAUACUGGAGUAAAACCCUACAAAUGUGAAGAAUGUGGCAAAGCCUUUUUCUGGUCCUCAACCCUAACUAAACAUAAGAGAAUUCAUACUGGAGAGCAACCCUCCAAAUGGGGAAAAUGUGGCAAAGCCGUUAACCAGCCCUCACACCUCACCACAGAUAGGAUAACUCAUAUUGGAGAGAAAUAUUACAAGUAUGAAUAAUGUGCCAAAGCCUAUAAAAGUCCUCAAUUCUUAAUAGAUAUAAGAUUAUUCAUACUGGAGAGAAACUACAAACCUGAGAGAGGUGCUGAUGCUUUUGACAAUACCUCAAACUUUAAAGAAAAUCAUUCUGCUGAAAAAUCCUAGAAAUGUGAAGAAUGUGACAAAGCCUUUAAAUGAUUGUCACACUUGAUUGUAGGUAAGAUAAUAAAUACUGGAGAAAACCACCAGUGUGAACAAUGUGGCCAAGCUUCGAACCAAUGCUCACACCUUAUUGCACAGGAAAGCAUUUAUACUUGAGAACAAAUGUACAAAUAUAGGCAAAGUAAAAAAGCCAUUAAUGCCUGCCCACAUCUUACUCAAAAUCAUAGAGUUAAUACUAAAUAAAAGCAUUAAAAU